CAAUUAGUUUUUUUUAUUAAGUAAAUAUUUAAUUUGUAGUUUUAUUCUAAUAUAUCAAAUUAAAUAUUAUUUAAAAUGUCAACACCAUUGGGAUCAUCCACCAGUGCCAUGGAAAAACCAUGCACAAUUUUAAUUAAUUAUGACAAAGGAGAUCCACCACAAGUUAAUGAAUUUAAACAAAAUUUUGAACAUGGUACAAUCGAACAAAAGAUUGAAACAUUAAAAAAAGUUAUUCUUUAUACAAUCAAUGGUGAACCAAUUCCACAAUUACUUAUGCCAAUUAUCCUUUAUGUUAUGCCAUCAAAUGACCAUACCAUCAAGAAACUUUUACUUAUUUAUUGGGAAGUCAUCGAAAAAACUCAUUUAGGUAAAUUAAAAUCUGAAAUGAUUUUAGUAUGUAAUUCAUUAUUAAAUGAUUUAAAUCAUCCAAAUGAAUUUGUUCGUGGUAGUACUUUAAGAUUUUUAUGUAAAUUAAGAGAAGCUGAGGUUUUAGAACCAUUAGUACCAUCAGUUCGUUCAAAUCUUGAAAACAGACAUGCUUAUUGCAGAAGAAAUGCAGUUUUAGCAAUUUAUAAUAUUUACAGUCACUUUGAAUAUUUAAUUCCAGAUGCACCAGAAUUAAUUUAUAACUUUUUAUUACAAGAAAAAGAUGCAUCAUGUAAAAGAAAUGCCUUUAUCAUGUUAUUCAAUUGUGCUCCAGAUAAGGCUGUUGAAUAUCUUUCAUCAGUUUUAGAUGAAGUCCCAAGCUUUGGUGAUAUGUUACAAUUUAUUGUUGUAGAGUUAAUUAGAAAAGUUUGUAAAACUUCACCAUCUGAAAGAUCAAAAUAUAUUAAAUGUAUUUUUACAUUAUUAAACUCAUCAUCACCAGCAGUCAAAUAUGAAAGUGCAGGUACAUUAUUAUCAUUAUCAUCAGCCCCAACAGCAGUUCGUGGUGCCGCAAGUGCAUACAUUGAUUUAUUAUGUAACGAAAGUGAUAACAAUGUUAAAAUGAUUGUUUUAGACAAACUUAUUGAUAUUAAAAAGAAUCACAGCAAAAUUAUGGAAGAUCUUGUUAUGGAUAUUUUAAGAGCUUUAGCAUCACCAAACAUCGAUAUCUGCAAAAAAGUAUUAAACAUUGUUUUGGAAUCAGUCACACCAAAGAAUAUUGAUGAAAUCAUUAUGUUCCUCAAGAAAGAAAUCAAUAAAACUCAAUCAAAAGAAUUUGAUAAAGGUCUCGAAUAUAGACAUCUUUUAAUCAGAACUAUUCACGUUUCAUCACUCAAAUAUCCAGAGGUUUUAGGCAAUGUUGUUCCAUUAUUAAUGGAGUAUUUAGGCGAUAGCUACCUCCCAUCUGCAGUUGAUGUCGUUAUUUUCCUUCGUGAAGUCGUCGAAACCUAUCCAACUUUAAGAGAGUUAAUCAUUAAAAAGCUCAUCGAAAAUCUUUCAACCAUCAAAGUUUCAAAGGUCUAUCGUGUUGCUAUUUGGGUUAUUUCUGAAUAUAUCCCAACCAUUGAAGAUCUCGAAUUUGCAAUCCAAUCAGUCCAAAAUGACCUCGAAUCAAUCAUCAAACCAAAACCAGUCGAAGAAGUUUUAGAAGCUAAAGCUAAAGUUAAAACUGAAAAAGUUAGUGUUUCAAAAUUAAUCUCUGAUGGUGAUUGGUACUUAGCUUCAUGCAUUUCUAGUUCACUUACCAAAUUAUACUUUAAAGCCGAACAACUUCAAAUGCCAUCAUACGAUUUAAACAAACUUAAAGCUCAAGUUAUGUUGAUCACUUCAGUCUUAAUUAACCUCAGUAAAUCUAGUCAAGUUUCAACAUCAAAAUCUGCUUAUGAAAGAAUGCUCUCAUGUGUUCAAGUUUUAAUCGACCCAUCACCAAAAGUUAAAAAGAUUUGGUUAGAUGAUUGCCGUGAAUCAUUCAGCACCUACCUCAAAUAUUUAGUUCAAAAACAAAAUGAAAACAAAAAGAAAUCUGAAAAAGAACAAGUCAUCAAAGCCAAUAAUAUUGUUAACAUUAGACAACUCAAAUCAAAGAAAGCUUUUGGUCCAGUCGAUACCGAAGAUGAUUUACUCAAAGCUGUCGGUACUGUAGAGAUGAAUAAAGAAAGCGACGAAUACUCUAAAAUUUCACAAUUAUCUGGUUUCUCUGAUCCAAUUUAUGUUGAAGCUUACGUUAAAGUUCAUCAAUAUGAUAUUGUUUUAGAUAUCACUGUCUUUAAUCAAACUAGUGAUACCCUUCAAAACGUAACCUUAGAGUUGGUCACAUUAGGUGAUCUCAAGAUCUGCGAACGUGUUCCACCAUUUACCAUGGGUCCACGUGAAAAAACAAAUCACAAAGCAUCAAUCAAGGUUUCAUCCACUGAUAAUGGUGUUAUUAUGGGUACCAUCACCUUUGAUAUUGCAGGUUCAGUUAGCUCAAUGUCAGAUAAGAACUGUGUCAUCUUAAACGAACUCCACAUCGAUGUUAUCGAUUACAUUCAACCAGCCAAUCAUCUCUACACCGAUGUCCUCUUUAGAAACCAUUGGUUAGAAUUUGAAUGGGAAAAUAAAAUCCCAGUUAAUACCAAUAUUGGUGAUUUAGUUCAAUAUGUUCGUCACAUUAGCAAAGUUACCAAUAUGGGUAUUCUUACACCAGAAGUCCACCUUUCAAACGAAACUGGUAUUCUCUCUGCUAAUCUUUGCGCAAAGUCUGUUUUUGGUGAAGAUGCCUUAGCAAAUAUUUGUAUUGAAAAGCAAAAUGACGGUAAAAUCUCUGGUUAUAUUCGUAUUAGAGCUAAGGCUCAAGGUAUUGCUGUUUCUUUAGGUGAAAAAAUUGCAAUCAAACAAAAACUUCCAAAAGAAUCUGCUUAAGAAAUAAAAUAAAAUAAAAUAAAAAAUAAUCUUUAUAAAU